GGUGAAUGACGGCGACUGUCAGCAGGACCGACUGCAGCUCCUCGCAGAGAAGAGGAAGUGGCAGACCGAGAUCGAGAACAAGAAGCGUCAGCUGGAGGACGACCGGAGAGCUCUGCAGCACCUGAAGUCGAAGGCUCUGAGGGAGCGCUGGCUGCUGGAGGGAGCUGCAGGACCAGAACAGGACGACGUGAGGAGACAGCUGGAGCAGGACGAGGCCAAGACUAGGAGCCUGGAGGAGACCAUCAACAGGUUGGAGCAGGAGCUGGUCAGUUUGGAAACUGGAGCCGGUUGUCAGACCAUAACACACACUACUGUGUCUUCAGGAUCAGUUACAGCUGUAGAGGUCAAAGGUCACAGCAGCCGUCAGCAGGACAGAGCUGCAGCUGCAGGUUCGAUAGUUCAAGCGAUGUACUCGGUGCAGAUUAAAGUAGAGCGGGACCGAGUGACAGGGGAAACCAGGGUUUUGUCUGCUAACACCACACUUCCUGUUGACCUCUCUCUCCACGGGGUCAAAGUUUACGAGGACGAGCUGAAAGUGGUCCACAAGAUGAACGGUGAAGAUGGCGUCCAACUGCUCAGCUUCUCCGAGGUCGAAGAGCUCAUCCACAAAGCCGACGAGGCCUCGAUGAUGUCACAGACCGUCGCCACGGUGACCUCUCUCCCCACAGCGGAGGUCCAGGAGGAGGCGGGUCCUGAGCCGCCGCCUCCGGAGAUCACCGGGCUGGAGGCCAAAACAGGCAGCGAGCCGAUCAUGGGCGAGGCCAGCGCAGAGAACCCCGUCACCAUGGUGUUCAUGGGCUAUCAGAGCGUGGAGGACGAGGACGAGACCAAGAAGGUUCUGGGUCUGCAGGGGACGGUGAAGGCCGAGCUGGUCCUCAUCGACGACACUGAUGGGAAAACGUCUCCGGGCGAAGGGAAGAAGGACACCGGCGUUCCUCUGCCCGCCUCCACUGCCCUGCCGCCCUCAACAAAACCUCCGCAGACGAUGACGGCAAACAACGGGGAGACUGCUGGGGAGGUGAAGGAGGAGAAGGGAGGAGCGGUGGAGAUGAAGAAGGAGAAGCAGCCGUGUAAGUGCUGCAGCAUCAUGUGAUCCUGCAGGGGGCGCCGCUCUGAAACCUAAUAUAAUAAUAUAAAAGUAAAGGACGGAGACUUUCCAGGACUACAGGAACUUAACCCCACCCACUGCCCUUAGCCCCGCCUCUAACAUCACAUCAUUUCCUCUUUCUUCAUCCUCCUGUUUUUUAAAACCUUUCUUUACUUUUUUCUAUUUUUACUUUUGUACUCCUCGUGUUUCCACUUGUGCCGCCUCCAUCCAUUUGAUUAGCUUUAGCAUUAGCGGUAGCAUUAGCAUUAGCAUUAGCCAUGCAGUCUUGAGAUGUCAUUAAUCUCGCCCUUGUUACAAACAUGAAACACUGAAUUCUGUAUUUAUUUGACAACUUCCUGUUUGUCUUUUCAGCUUUUUUUUCUAAAAGACAAUAAAAUUGACCUGACGGGUCGACUCACUACA